UAUGCGCUUCACAACCUCCGGUUGAAAUCACAACACAGCAGUGCGCUUCAACACAAGAUUUCAGCUGAUUUCAGCAUGAGAUGAUGGAUAACUCACAGCAGUACAGUUAUAUGGGCCCUCCGCCGCCUCCAUUCAAUAACCCUGCGGGUUUAGACGGCGCAGUUUAUCCAGGACGAGUUGGACCUCCACCAGUGCCGCCUCCCCCCGCCGCUGGACACACAUGGAGCAUGUAUCAACAUCCACCACCCACGGUACAGCCUCAGUGGCCCCCUUUCCCCCCCAUGAACCCCUGCGGACCUCAUCCACCCUUCGACCUCAACAGACCACCUCCAGGGCCUCCAUCAUGGUCCCAGAACCAGUGGAAUAAUCCAGAGUCUCAUUUCACAGGACAGUUCCCACUAAAUCAACAUCAGUUUUCAAACUCAGCACCACCGGCAUAUCAGUCCAACCUCAGAUCAGACAAUCCAGCACAGACUUACACCUCUAACUACCCAUUUACUAACCAGGCUAUGAACAAACCCUGGCAAGGUCAAAGUACAGAUCUCUCCAGUACAACAUCUGAUGAAGAAUCCAAGCAGAGAUUGAGAGAUGAGCGGUGGCUUCAACAGUUCCUGUUUCGAAGAAGAAAUAAAUCACUUGAGCCAAAGCAAACUGAGUCCAAACCCUCCAUCUCUCUGUUUAGAGAGAAGCUGUAUGGGGCUGUUAAACUGGUGUCCGAGUUCAAAUUAGUGUGUCAGAUGCUGAAAGAUAAUUUAGAGAAUGAAAGUGUUUGGACUGAAACGCUCUUAAAAGCAACAGAGAUGAAAAACAGUAUAGAGGAGAGACUGGCAGCCCUGAAGGACCAAGACUGUGUCACCAGCAUCAAGAGGAAACUGCUGAUGAGAAACAAGAAACGAGCAAGAAUAAGAAGAAGAACGCUGGAACAAAGGGAGGAAAAGCUGGAAGAGGAGGCUAGAAGUGCUGAACGAGAGGCGGCGAUUGAUAAAUGGCAAAUGAAGCGGAUUCAUGAAGUGGAAGAGAAGAACAGGGAGAAAGAGUUGAAGCUGGCUGCAGAUGCUGUGCUCUCAGAGGUCAGAAAGAAACAAGCAGAUGCCAAGAGAAUGCUGGACAUACUUAAAUCACUGGAAAAACUGCGAAAACUUCGCAAAGAGGCUGCCGCCAGGAGAGGCAUGUUCCCAGGAAAGGAGAGUGAUGACACAUUUGAAGGUCAUUUGGAGCGGUUGAGGAGUCUGAUCCGUAAACGCACAGGUGUCUAUGCGGCGGAGGAGAAAGCUCUGAGAGUCAUGCUGGAGGGAGAGCAAGAGGAGGAACGCAAAAGAGACUGGGAGAAACGGCAGAAAAAAGAAAAAGAGAAGCUGCUGCAGAAGAAGCGAGAAGUGGAGUCCAUGCUUUUUGGAGAUGAAUUGCCACCAGAUCACCCUCUUCAGCCUUUCCAAGAUUACUACACACAGGCAGAGCGCUCCCUUCCUGCACUUAUUCAAAUAAGGAGAGAAUGGGAUCAGUACCUGGUUCCUGCUGAACACCCUGAUGGUACAUCAAUUCCUCAUGGAUGGAUUCUUCCCGACCAACCAGCUGAUGAAAUCUGGGCCACAGCCCUGGAUAAAUAACACUUUUGACCCGACAGACUGUUACUUCAUUUGAGAAAACAACCAAUUGGUUGGGAAAAUAUGUGACCAGUCUAAAUGUUGCUUGUAUUUGGAAGCAAUUAUAAUUUGCGUAAAGACAUUUUUUUAGACCCUUUUUAGGAUCGUUACAUUUUUUUUUUGUCUUGUGACAUUAUUUUCAUGACAAUUAAGCACAUUUCCCUCAAGUUCUAUGUGUUUUAUUUAUUGCCAUUAUUCUCAUGAUUCACAUUAUAUUCUCAGUGUUGUGAUAUUGUGAUAUUGUAAUUUUUACUGUACUACAGUAAGAACAAUUCUGUAACCCAAUGAAGAUUGAAGCAACAACAAAUACUGCCAUAAUAUAUAAAUACAUCAUCAAUACAACAAUAAUUCAUUAUACUAGUAUAUCAUAAUUUUGUGUUGCAUUACAGUAAUUAGAAUGAGAUUUUUUGUAAUAAUUAGAAUAAUUGGAGGUAUUCAUUUUCAUUAAAGGGAAAGUUCACCCAAAAUGAAAAUUCUCUCAUCAUUUACUCACCCUCAUGCCAUCCCAGAUGGGUAUGACUUUCAUCUGCAGAACACAAACAACAUUUUUUAUAGGAAUACCUCAGAUCUGUAGGUCCAUACAAUGCAAGUGAAUGUUGACCAGACCUUUGUUGCUCUAAAAAUCACAUAAUGGAAACAUAAAAGUAAUCCAUACGACUCCAGUAGUUAAAUCCAUGUCUUCAGAAGUGAUAUGAUAGGUGUGGGUGAAAAACAGAUCAAUAUUUAAGCAAUUUUUUACUAUAAAUCUACACUAUCACUUUCAAAAGUAAAUGAUGAGAGAAUUUUCAUUUUUGGGUAAACCAUCCCUUUAACAAGGUAAUAAAAAAUUGAGGGUGAGAAUAUAUGCUUAAUUGCCACGAAAAGAAUAUCAUAAUGCAAAAGAGUUUAAUGGUCCUUAAACGGGCUUAAUUUCCUUUAAGAAAAAAUAUUAUUUUUUCUUUUGAUUUGGGGUGAAAAAUGACCCAGACAUGCUAUUGGCGAGUUUCGUGGGCUUCCCCCGUUUAUUUGAAGGAUUUUCAGUCUAUAUGUAGAAUGAAAAAAUAAUGCACACUGAUUUUAUAGCUCCAAAAAUGACUUUAUUGACUUAAAAAAGCGAAGUUUCAACCAUACGGUCUUCGUCAGGCAAACCCCAAAACAGAAGGAACCACAGUUAUAUUGAAACAGAUGAUGACAUCAUCAGAUUAUCUCAAUUAUCAAUUAUAUGGUCACAUUUUUCUUCCCCCCAGUAUAUAUAUAAUAAUGAAUUCACACUUGCAUACAAUAUGACAACAAUUAUUUAUUUAAAAAGUAAGGUUAUGAGCAUUCAAGAAUAAUGAAAAAGGUAUUCAAAACCGUAAUUGUUAAAACCAUUAUUACAAAAAAUAACAUUGCAGAAAAUGUCAUUACAAAAAAAGUAUCGUUUCAAAAACUAUCUACAGUAUGUCUAUAUGUAGUCCAUCUGAACAUGUCACAUGUUGACUUGUGUGAAAUAGCCAAGAGAACCUUAACUGAUUACAUCACACUGUUUUCCUGUGAUCUGCUUAAAACAGCCGAUUUGGUUGUGAUGUUUGCAAAUAAAAACAUA